GUGGACGAGGAUCCCCGUUUUAACCCAGUGUGUAACCAAACAUUGAAUCAGUCGUGAGCCCCGCUGGUGCUACCCGGAAAUAUUACAAGGGCCGGAAAGGACCAAUGUUAAGGGAGCACACGUCACUCACUUUUACCCAAAAAUAUUAUCACCGACCAUCCAAAUCCCUCUCGGCCGUCGAAAUCUUUAGCAAAAACUCCCUGCCAGCGCAAACUAUCGAAAUGAAAUGGCGAGGAGGCGGCUGCAGUACCCGUCGGCGUUGAUUUCUGGGGGGCACGGUGUACGCGUUCACCCAGCUCAGCAUCAGUGAAAAUGGCUCUGGCUAACGACUGGAAAACAGCACGCAGAAAUGGAAGCGGUGAUAGCUAGCUAGGCAGUCAGAAGAAGGCGUGACAGGCCUCAUCCAUCUGCAACCGUGCUCCGCAACUGGAUGCGUAGGAUUGCUGAUUUACAUUAAAAUGAGAGGCAGUCAAAUAUGCGAUAGAUUAUCUCCCUCAUCUACCAGGGGAGCUCACUCCCCGCUAGGUUCAUCGCAUCGAUUAGAGGAAACGGUAAGAUUUUACGAGCUAUAGGAACUUCUUGGCUGAACACGGAUGAGGAAUCUUAGAUGAAGGAAAAUAUCAACGCUGUUACUCUCAAAGGAAACAAGAAGAAGUCAUUUGAACUGCUUCUCAAUAAAGCUAUUCUAAGCAAUUUUGAAAUUAGGUGGAACUCAUCUACUUGUCAAAAAGACACUUUUAGCCUUUGAUCAUAAACUCAUCUUCCUGGCUACCCCACUCAUUUUGGAAGUAGAGUGUGGGCAGUGGAUGAACAAGAGGGAGUAGCAGCACCAGAAGUAAACUAUCUGGAGAAACGAACUUAAGAUUUAAGCUGACUUUCAAGUAGUUCUGAAAAAAGUAGCAUAACCUCACCCUUAGGGUAAAGUUUGUUUGUCUUUCACCAGUCAGUGGUGGGAUCAUUGUUGCCGCUCCUAGCGCUGGAGGUUUGGCCCCUGCACCCCCAUGUGCCAGUGAGUGGGAAAUGUUCCAAUUUGGAAAAUACAAUCUGGACAUUAUAGAGAUGUUAAGUGGGCACCAGGCCCACCAGUUCAAAGGCCUUGGUUUAGAUCGACAACUACAGCAUCAACAGCAAGUGCAACUUCACCAGCAUCAACUCCAGCAGCAGCAGCAGCAGCAGGCUGAGUCUUCUGGAGCUCUUCUGUCUGGACUUGGCUUGGGCCCCCUGCAGGGGUCUAGAGGUAACGCCUUUUCUGAUUCUGCCUCCAUUUUUGCCAAGAUGAGUGCCCCUCCUCCCCCACCUUUACAACAACAGCCUUCCUCAUCUCAGAGCUCUCGUUCAAAGUCAAGCAAGAUGAGCAGCAGCAGCUCAAGCCAUUCUUCAGGCUACCCACAGUUCCUGCGCUCUUUCCACCCGUCUGAGGCAGCACUAGCACAGGAGCAGUUACACCCAGGUGUAGGCCGCUUUGAGCACUUUGCUGGGGGAAGUAGCAGUAGUGGGAGUGCUGGGGGAUUAGGAGGAUUAGUAACAUCAGCACCUCCACCCCCUCCUCCUCUGCAUCCUGGCCUCUCUGUCCCCCAGGCAUCACCCGGUCCCUCCUCUUCCUCUCCUUCCCCUUCAACCUCUGUGGCCACCUCUAAUAACCCCUCCAGCAGCAGUGCAGUCAGCUCAUUGGGACACCAGUUGGUUGGGGCCCAGUCUGAUGCACGGAGCCUUCACCAACAGUUUAGUUGCAUGUUAGCUGCUAAUCAGUAUUUUCUUUCUGGGGUGCCUACUAAUGCUAGUUUAGAACAAUUUCUUGUUCAACAGGGAACUCAUAACCACUUAGGGAUUGGUUUAAGUCAGACAGGUGGGGAGCCUAGUACUAGCCUCGCUCCGCCUCCUGCUUUGCAUUCCUCUCACUCACAUGGCCACUCCACUACCCAGCCACAGCAGACUUCACAGCAGCCUCCCCAGCAGCAACAGCUUCCACCUCAUACCCUUUCUCAUCCUCACUCUCAUUCUCAUCCUCACCACCCGCUCCACCCAGGCUCCCAACCCUCAUCCCUAGGUGGCUUUGACUUCCAGGGCAUCCCUGUACUGUCAUCAAAUCAAAUAGCUUCUCUGAUGCAGCAGGAAGCAGGUUUGCCCCUCCCCUUGCCACUUCAUUUAUCCUUAUCUAAGGAUGAUGGUAAAGGGGAAAGCAGUGGAGGUGGAAGUAGUAGUAGUGGUAGCAGCAGCAGUAGGAGGAAGAAAGCUAUGGCUGGAUAUUUGCCACAGAGAAAAUCUGAUAACAGUAGUAAUAGCAGUAGCAAUCAUGGCCACAGCAGCCACAGUGGUAAUCCCAGCUCUAGUAGUAAUGGAGGGCUGAGUCAUGGUCAUCCUCCAGCUUUAAUUGGGAGUGGGGUUGGUAUGUCAAACAUGGGUGGAGACCCAUCAUCCCUUCUUGCCUCAUCAUCUUCAUCCUCAUCAGUAGUUUCUUCCUCCUCCUCCUCUGCUCCCUCUUCCACUGCUGCCUCAGUACUGGUUACUAAUGAUUCUCACCUUUCUAAAUCUGAUAACCAGAGCUCAAUGCAGCCCAACCCCACAGACUCAGAUUCAGAGCCCGUUUAUAGCUGUGGGGAGUGUGGCAAAAGCUUCCCUCACCUUUCAAGCCUUCGCAGGCAUUUGCGCAUGCAUGAGCCAACCACAGCAGGUACUAGCAAUACUGCCACUACUGGCCCAAACCCUGUUCACAUUAAAGCACAGCCUGACCCAAGCCUUCCCCAUUCGACCCAAGAAACUACCCAACCCUCAUCCAAUUCUUGUCCUAGCCCAGACAAAAUAUUUCAUUGCCCUGAUUGUGGCAAAGGCUUUAAGAAAAAAGGGCACCUCCUGCAACAUGGUGUUAUACACUCUUCAGCCCGCCCAUAUGGCUGCUCCACCUGCUCUCGGGCUUUUAAUCGUAGAGAGUCACUGACACGCCAUGAGAAGAUACAUGAGGAAAAGCCAUUCCGAUGUCCCGCCUGUGGUCGUUCCUUCCGUGAGAGCACCUCUCUACUCAACCAUGCUGCCUCAGGCACCUGCGGCAAGCCAGGUAGGGGACCCAAACAACGGGGCAGCAAGACAGGAACUGAUGGCUACCAUGAUGACCACCGUUCUCAAGGUAAUCCAUCUCCAUGCUACUCUGGUGCCUCCCCCUGUGGAAGUGGGAUGGCGGGCCCAGCUCUGAGAAAGGCACCCUUGGCCCCAACACUGCAUCCACACUCACAGAGCCACAGCCAGCACCACCAUCCGCAGCAACAGCCCCACCUGCCCCUUUCUUCUCUACUGGAUGACUCAGAGGAUGAUGUCACUAGCUCUGUCAAUAAUGCAAUCUCUGCUAUAACAGCAGCUAGUAACAGUGGAAAUAGAGGGGAUGAUAGGGGAGACAUCAUAGGAGGUCUACUAGGUGGUCUUGGUUUAGGUCCUCUGGGCUCACCUUCAUCCACAUCUGGUAUGGAUAAGAAUUUCAGAGGUGGUGGGAGCCAGGAGGCUAUGAGCAGCAACCCACAGAAUCCUACUUCCAAACCAAAACGUCCCCGCAAACCCAGAGCUAAGAAAGAUCCUGCAGCCGGUGGACAGCCCCCAAAACGUAGGCAAUACACCCCCAGAAUGGGGCCAAGUGGGCUCCCACGCACACACCUCUGCAGUGUCUGUGGCAAGGGAUUUGCACGUCGCGAGACCCUACGCAGGCAUGACCGCAUCCAUACUGGAGAAAAGCCCCAUCACUGCACUGUCUGUGGAAAGUAUUUCAGAGAGGCUUUUCACCUUAGCAAGCAUCAAACAGUCCACUCUGGGGCAAAGAAUUACAAAUGCAGCAUCUGUGGGAAAGAGUUUGGUUACUCCCAGAGCCUCAGGAGGCACAGCAAACUCCACCAGAAAGGGGAGCUGGAAGAGGUGCCCACAACACCAGCUGCGGAGAACCUUAACAGCUUUAACCCAAACCCUCAAUGUAGCGUGGCCCAAGACAGGAGCCAGAACCAAGCACCAAGCACCUCCUCCUAUUACUCUUACCCCCACUCUCAAGAUGUCAAGCCUCAAGACACCAACCCUCAGCCACAGCCUCCCCCCCCACCCCAACCACAGCCCCCACCUCCGCCUCGGCUCUACACCUGCGCUAUAUGUUGGAAGUCUUUCCGCCAUCACUUCCACCUGACUGCUCAUCACCAAACGGUUCAUGAAGGCGGGGGUGAAAAGCUCUUCUGCUGUGAGGUAUGUGGGAAAGCAUUUGCCUACUCCAACAGCCUCACUCGACAUAGGCAGUCACAGCAUGGGAUGACCCGCGCUGAGCCGUCUAACCCGCAAGAGGGCAGCAGUGGGUCUGGAGACAACAGAGGUGGGAGUGAUGUUAAUCAGUCAACAUCAGAGAGCGAGGCUGCCACCAAUGUCCUGCUACAGAUGGCUCCCUCCACAGAGGGCCAUGGAGGGCAGAGUCUUAGCGUCGUCACUCAUAGCCACCAACAGGCGCCCCCGCAGCCUCCAGCUGGUUACUCUCCACUCUUUUAUGAUGCUGCAGCAGCCCAAUCUUCAACCUCUAAUGCCCCGACUUACUCCCAGCCUCUGCCUCCAAACUCUACAAUCAUGCCCCCUCAGCACCCACACUCCCCAGCCGGGGUGAAAGGAGAGCACAUAUACCCAGCUGGAUCCCGUAGCCGCACGCUGCACACCACAGCCCCGUUCCAGCCCCUCACGGAACUGCCCUCCACUGAACAUCAUCAUCUGCAUCACCAUCAUCAUCACUCCCACCAUCAUCCUCAUCAUCAGUCAGGUACCCAGCCCCACCAACACCUCGACUGCAGCAUCCAGUUGUCAAACGAUGAAAUGAGACGCCACAAGAAGAAAAAAAAAAAGUCCGACAGGAGAGAUUGGAGGGAAAAUAAAUGGGAAUCCCAAGAUUUAGUCAGAUUCGAUGGAAGCAAAAAGAAGAGAAAGAUAAGUUGUACUAUAAGAGGGCAGUUGAAUAAAAAACAAGGCUCUCUUCGUUUGACAAUUAGGCGUGGAGGAGGAUCAGGUGGUGGUGGGUAUAAGCUUGUCAACACUGGGGGAAUGAAGGUGCAGAUCCUGUCGUCUCUCAAGGUCCCUGUGAAACGUUUCGGCUGUCCUAUAUGCCCCAAUUCUGUGUUUUCCCGUAAGGCGGGACUGCUAGUUCACAUGGCAGUUAAACACCCACAAAAAGCCUCGACCACUCAGGAGCGACUAAGCUGCAGUGUAUGCGGGAAGCAGUCUCACAGGCCUUUGGCAGCCUUCGUCCAUCGGGCCUCCCAUCGUGCCAGAGGGACUUUCUCCUGCCGACGCUGCUCCGCUCGCUUCUGGAAUGCUACGCUUCUCCACAGGCACAAGGUGUCCUGCCGCCGCAGGGCUAAAGGACUGCAGAGAGGAGAUGCGAAGAGGCUGAAGCUUUCAAAGAGACCAGGAGAGAGACAGACCUGCGAGGGUCAGGAGGAAAUGCCAUUCUUACAGGGACCAUACAGAUACUGAACAUCCUGGUAUCUGAAAAGAGUGGCAUACAAGAGGGAUAUUUCAGUUCUAAAAUGGGAAAGUGAGAAAAAAAAGGGACAUGAAAAGGCAAAUGCUGCCUUUAGGAGAAUUUGUCUCAUGUCUCCGUUGACAUCUACUCUGCUGACUAUUAGAAUGAGUGUGUUAACAACUACUGUAGAGCAUCCUAUAUAAUAUCACCAGAAAUUCUUCCAGUUUAUAUUGGAAGGUGUCUACAAAGACUGUUUGCAUAGGAUCAUUAACCCCUUAAGUGCAUUGACACUAUGCUUGGCUGACACUGUGCAGUUAAUAGACAAGUUUAGGUGAAAUGACCUGCUAAUGUAUCUUCCCCAUAACUAGAAUCCCUGCUACACCUUUUGCUGUAUGAUAAACGUCUCUGCUGUGUACUUUGUCUUGUUGUUGUUCACGUAGAGGCUCUGAGGAUUUUUUUAAAAUGUAAAGUGCAUUUAUUAGGAGUAGGGACAUGGGGACAAAGACCUUUGUUGAUAGUUUGUCAGUGCAUGUUUGUUCUCUGGUCAAGUUUUUUGCUGAGGUUGUGAAAUCACUCCUACAGUAUGUGAUGGUUUAUUCAGUAUAUCCCCAGAAGUUUGUAGUGUAAAACUUGAUUUGAAAGUUACUCUAUAUUCCCUAGUGAUUUAAUCACAUAUAGAUAAAAUGUCAAAGUUGCUGGUAAUUAGCAUUACAAGGAUCCCUCUCCUGCCAAAAUGAAGAAACUUACAAAAAGCCUUGCUUAUUAUGUUCACUUUACUUCAUUUAUUUGAGAUAUUCUUAGCUUUUAUACCAAGAGAUUGAAAACAGGUUAAACAAGUGGACUGUAACACAUGUUUAUCUCAUGUUAUUUGUAUGCUCUUUUUAGCAGUGAUUAUUUCUACAGUACUUCACGGUGUGUUAAAGACAAGGACCUAUCAUAAUAGAAACAAAAAUAAUAUUCCAUGUAUUUAUGUGUGUAACCCAAUCAGUCUUCAUGCCAAUCUUAUACUUAACCCCUUCUACAUUUUACUUUUUGCUGAGUUGCAAUCAUAUUCUUACUGUCAAGCCUUGUUUUUUUUUCUUUUAAAGAAAAAUAAGUUUUAAGUACAUAUUGUCACUUUAUUCACAUAUGAAAUGUUCAUACCCCUGUCAAGCCUUGUUUUUUUUUUCUUCUAAAGAAAAAUGAUAGUUUUAGUAGAUUUCUAUCACAUUAUUUACUGAGAAGUCAGUAGUUGAUUAUAUUUCAGCAAUGAAUAAACCUUAAGUGUAAUCA